GCUCAACCAGGGUGGAAAAGUACUGAACAUAGCUUGUAACGUGAAUCAGACAUAGGGGAAGACCAGACUUGAAAAACAAGUCCAGAUAAGAGUGACAUCUGGGGAAAGAAGGAAGUUGAGCAAAGCCUGUCAGGGAGAAGAAUAGCUUUAGCAAAACGGCAGGAAUUCCGCCAGAGUGGCAUCUGGGGAAAGAAGGAAGCUGAGCAAAGCCUGUCAGGGAGAAGAAUAGCUUUAGCAAAACGGCAGGAAUUCCGCCUGGCCCUCGCCCAGGGGGCGGGCUGUUAGUGUAGUAGCCAAACAAUAGGAAUAGGAUAGAUCAGCCAAGGUUGGGAGGGGUGAUAAAAGGAGGGACUGCCCCUCCGCCCUUCGCCCUUCGCCCGGCGAUUGCCUGCUGCUGUGUCAGCUACGGCAGGGGCCCAGAUCCGGAUCUGUAAUUAAUAAACGCUUGCUUGCUCAAACCAUCUAUGAGUCGGUGGUCUGUCUCUGGGGGACUCGCUCUGUAACACCAGUUAUGUUUUUAUAUGAAAGUCUUAUCCAAAAUGAGCUGGAUUAGUUUAUGCUACCUCCCAGAGGGAAGUUGGCACACUGCCAACUGGGCUGGGCCCCAUUGACUUUCAGUUUCCUUUUCUCUGAAUCUCUGACGCCUCUGCUAUUGUUUUAUGCCUGCCUCGCUGUCCAGACAGAGCAACUACUCUCAGCCUCAGCCCCUGUAUGGAUUCUACAAACAGGUUGGGAAAUAUGGCAACUCGUUUGACGUGGAUACAAGAAAAGAAACUGCAAAACCUUGUGAAAGGGAAGUUUAGCCUUCUUUAUAGGGCUAGUGUCCAUGGAUUUGCUGAUACCAAUUUGAUGAGGAGAUGCUAUAAUGAAGGACCCACUCUACUAGUGAUUUACAGUUCUGAUCAUGUUUUUGGGUCAUAUAUACCCCAGAAUGACAAAAAUAAUACCAGAGUUUCCUGCCUCCUUUUUGCCUUUGAAGAGACUAAAAUUUUAAGAUGUGAAAUUGGACCACAUGAUUUGAGUGAUUAUGUUUAUCACUAUGGUAAUAAAGGGGAAUUCCUGAUGGAUCUAUCAGGAAAAAAAGUGACUAUGAGCUUAGAUACAAUUAAAAAAUUAAAACUAUCUCAACAUCAGACAAUAUCUUUUGAAGAAUGUGAAGUUUUUCGAUGUGAAGAUUUAUUGGACACAAGGAAGAUGGACGGGGUUGCUGAACUCCGGGGGAGCUUACUGUCUGCCAUAAGAACUUACAAACCAUCUAGGGACCUGGUUCACCAAAUUCGAAUUCUGCUCCUGGGCCCGAUUGGAGCAGGGAAGUCUAGCUUUUUCAACUCAGUAAAGUCUGUUUUACGAGGCCAUGUAACCCACCAGGCUUUGGUCGGCUCUGACAGAACUGGGAUAUCUGAGCAGUACAGGACAUAUUCCAUUAAGGAUGGGAAGGAUGGCAAGUCCUUGCCAUUUAUUCUGUGUGACUCAAUGGGGCUGAGUGAGGAAAAUGGGCUGUGCAUGGAUGACAUACCCUACAUCUUAAAAGGCCACGUUCCUGACAGAUACCAGUUUAAUUUCAUGAAACCAAUCACACCAGGUCAUAGUAACUAUAUUGACUUCCCAUUGCUGGAGGACAGAAUCCAUUGUGUGGCAUUUGUGUUUGAUGCCAACUCUAUUGAGCAACUCUCUGAUGAGAUGGUAGCAAAGAUCAAGAAAGCUCGAAGGGAGGUGAUAAAGUGUGGCGUGGUACAUGUGGUUUUACUCACUUGUGUGGAUAGCAUGGAUCUGAUUAUGAAAGGAGACCUUAUAGACAUAUACAAAUGUAUGCCUGUGAAGCUCAAGCAAGAGGAAGUCCACAAAAAACUUGGAUUUGCUCUUUCUGACAUCUUGGUGGUCAGUAAUUAUACCUCAGAGUGGAAUCUGGACCCUAUAAAGGACGUCCUGAACCUCUCUGCACUGAGACAGAUGCUGUGGGCAGCAGAUGACUUCUUAGAGGAUCUGCCUCUUGAGGAAACAGCUAUCAGAGGAAAGCACUAAGUGUGCUAGAGAAAAAAUAAAUAUGUGAACCCUUCACAUAUUAAAACUUAUCAGAGAAGAGAAAACAUAGAGAAGUGAGAAACCAGGAAAAAGACAAGUAGAUGAAGAUGAAGGGGUGUAUUUUACUUAUGGCUUGGAUGAAGAUACACAAAAAAUUUAUAAUACAUAUAAAUAACUUGGAACAGCUGAAUUUAAAGUUGUAAAAAACAAUCAUAAUCUUUUUGGGUGUA